UUAUUUUGGUAUUUCUUAACCGGAAGUAUAUCCGGAGAAGGACCCGGUGUUUAUUUCCUUUUCCUGGAUUCACAUUAUAUCUGCCUCACAAUGAAAAUCGCCACUGUAUUAAUAUUAGUUGCCACAUUUUGGUCAGCGGGUAGCGUUAAUGUCGAGGAAAGUGCGGAGCAUUUCUUCAGCAGCGGCCACACCAACAACUGGGCCGUUCUGGUGUGCACGUCCAGAUUCUGGUUCAACUACCGUCAUGUGGCCAACACACUGUCAGUCUACAGAAGUGUCAAGCGUCUAGGCAUCCCUGAUAGCCACAUCGUUCUGAUGCUGGCAGACGACAUGGCUUGUAAUCACAGAAACCCCAAGCCUGCCACAGUGUUCAGCCACAAAAACAUGGCGCUGAACGUGUACGGCGACGACGUGGAGGUGGAUUACCGAGGUUAUGAGGUGACGGUGGAGAAUUUUCUCCGAGUUCUGACCGGAAGGCUUCCGCCCAGCACGCCUCGCUCCAAGCGUCUCCUGUCUGACGACCGAAGCAACAUCCUCAUUUACCUGACAGGGCAUGGUGGCAAUGGCUUCCUGAAGCUCCAAGACUCUGAGGAGAUCAGCAAUGUGGAGCUGGCAGACGCCUUUGAACAGAUGUGGCAGAAAAGGAGGUAUAAUGAGCUGCUGUUCAUCAUCGACACCUGUCAGGGAGCCUCCAUGUACGAGAGAUUCUACUCGCCAAACCUCAUGGCUUUGGCCAGCAGUCAAGUUGGAGAGGACUCCUUGUCGCACCAACCUGAUUUGGGCAUUGGAGUUCAUCUGAUGGACCGUUACACCUUCUACAUGCUGGAGUUCCUGGAAGACAUCCACCCUGCCAGCAAAACUAACAUGAAUGACCUGUUCAAAGUAUGCCCCAAGAGCCAGUGCGUGUCCACACCGGGCCACCGUACAGACCUGUUCCUUAGAGACCCAGGAAGUGUCCUCAUCACCGACUUCUUCGGCAGCGUCCGCAAGGUGGAGCUCACAAUGGAAACCAUCAACUUGACCGACCCCAUAAAGCUGGUGGAAGAUGAUUAUGACGUUGGAGAGCUGCAAAUGGAGACUCACUCGUACAUGGAUCAACUACCAGUGUCAGAGAUCAUCCAUCAGAAGCCCAAACAGAAAGACUGGCACCCUCCGGACGGCUUCAUCCUAGGCCUGUGGACCCUCAUCCUGCUGGUGUUUUUCAAAACAUACGGCGCCAAGCACCUCAAGCACAUUUUCUGAGGCGUCCCUGUCGCUUCGCUUUUGCGGUCGUCGACCUGAAGAGGAUGGGGGAGCCUUCACUAUAGCCAUGUUAAAAGGGAAGGUGGAGCUUGAGAAGCUUUUACACUGGAAAUUUGCCUGAACUUGAAUUCUAUUUCAAAUGUGAUGUAUUUUAAGUUAUAAGAGGAGGAGGAGGGGCGGGGCCUUGACCAUCACUCCUUGAAUGAGGCUGCUUCACAUAUUUCUCCGCGUUUUCUUGAGGAAAAUACAGAGCCAGGGCCGGCUGAUUGGCAGAGAGAUCACUGCAUAAAGCCUCCCCUGUCGGCGCGUAUCACACCCCCUGACCGUCAUGUCAUGCGCUGGAAGGAUAACAAUCCAGCAUAAUAUCACAUCUCCACUUUCUUAUUCACUAAAUUGCCCUACCAGCAUUAACCGUGCGUUAGCUCCUCGGAUGUGUACGCCGCCAAAUGCAAUUCCGGUUGAUGGACGGCGUCUCUGUGGCCAUUCCCAGUCCGACGAUAAGUGACCGAUAAACCAGUAAGCCGUGUGUUGUCCCGAAGGAAUCUCCUCCAUGAUAUAAUGUGACGUUUUUUUUCUUCAGUUCUCUCUUUUCCUUUCAUUCCUUGCACUUCAGUGUACAUCACCGUCCCAUUGCCGGGAGGAGUGAUUGAUGACCUAAGUGUGCGGAUUGAACGCAGGAGUACGCCCAGCGCUUCAGUACUAAAGCCAGAUGUAUUGGAGGACAGCUGCUGUAUCAGCCACUGGGUACCUUUCUUCUCCACAUUAUUAUUGCAAUGCUAAUUGCUUUCUUCCUCGUUUUGCGAUCAAAUUCUCCAAGCAAAUUGUAUUACUUCCUUACUCCGUGAUUAAAGAUGAAACGAUAAUUAAAAAAUUGUCUCCAAGCGCUUAUAAUUAACACUAUAGAGCUUCCCUAGUUACUGGGUAAUGAUGUUGAAGAUGAGAAAUCUUCCUUCCUUGAAGGCAUGUCCAGCCAAACGGAAAGUGGUUAUUUUAUUUUAAUUAUUUUUUUUACAACAAAGCUAUCUAUUGAACAGCACUGCUUGAUGAGUUGACACGCACUCCUGUCAUGUUGUUUCCUUACACGGAGGAGCUUGGGCGACCCAGGGAGGCGCUUACACUCCAUCUUCCUGUCCCAGUCAGGCACCUCAAAGACAGAACAGCCAAUAGAUACUUGGCUCACUGCACAUUCCUUUACCACAAAGCAAAAGCUGCCUUAUCUCACAUUGAUCCGUUUAGAAACCCACCGUAGAGUUGACCAAAUCCCCUCCUGUGCCUCUGUUUACUACAACGCUCAGCCUUUUCCCCCUGAGUUCUUAAUUAAAAAAUGUUUUAACAGUAAUAUGUGUUUAUUAGCACCACAGGUGACACACGUGGAUUGUCUCUUUCAAUUGUUUCCUCCACUUUUGAGAGAAGAGGUGACUAAAGCAAUGCUUUUAAAGUUGCGACUUUUCAUGACUAGGGAAAAAUCUCCUUUCUCAGACAUCUUACCACCUCGCCACUUUGUAAAACUAAAGGCUUCGCUACAUAUUUUAAGUUCAACAAGUAGCUCGUAAACUGUCAGCCAGUUUUAGACGUGGGAGCUGUAAGUUUGAUCAUUUUGUCUUCAGCUAACAUGCUAACCUAGUGUGAUGUUGCUCUUAAAGGCCUACUGAAAGCCACUACUAGCGACCACGCAGUCUGAUAGUUUAUAUAUCAAUGAUGAAAUCUUAACAUUGCAACACAUGCCAAUACGGCCGGGUUAACUUAUAAAGUGACAUUUUAAAAUUCCCGCCACACUUCCGGUUGAAAAUC